AUUAAUUCAACAGUCAGCCACUGUAAUGCCUUCAGUGAAACAAACUAUCCAAACUGCACUUCAUUUCCUGGUCCACCGUUAGAAAUGCAAGUUAUGAGUUAUCUUCAUAAGGGAAAACCUGCUGUUCAAGUAACAUGGGAAGCACCAAGUACAGGUUUGUGCAAAGAAUGAAUUAUUCACUAGUUAUUUUACAUUAGCAGUCAUCAUUAUAUUUAUUGGUUGUGUUUUCACUAGGCCGGGUAACUAGCUAACAGGGGUUGUUUACAAACCGACUUUUACUAGUUAAACUGUUUACUAGUAAAAAUGUUUUCACUUUGAAAUUUAACCCGCAAUCUAAGCCGCUAACUCAGAGGACUCAAAUUGCGAAAGCACAUCAUAAUCAAAAAUGGCUGGGGAGGAAGCGCUUGUGAUGAUUUAUCUUGUGAUUAUUCUCGCCGUAUUUUUGCGAAGGAAAAGGAGUUAUACUCAGCGAAUGGGGCUUACAGAUUAGGUAGAAAUACUCCUAGUUUUUCGGUAGAUACUUGCCCGUUGGUACACAAGAUGACUUAGCAAGCAAUGGUUUGUGAGCUAAUACUGAUUGUAUCAUUUAUUAUUACUAGAGGCAAUUAUAUAUACUUGAAAAAAAGUGGUGACCCCCAAAGAAUGUUUUGCAUUUAUUUUAGUUUAAGCGGCUUCUUUAAUUUUUACAAUUUUUUCUAGCAACAGAAUGUCGAUUAAUUUUUAAUAUUAAAAAGAAAUUCAUAUCUUUAGAAAAUUGCCUAAUCCUUAUAAAUAGGAUAAAUAAACUGUUAAUUUUCAUGCACUAUUCAUUAUCAUUUUACAUUAGUACCAGUUGACUGUUUGUCUUUUUUUAAUAAUUUAAAGGCCGUCAUGAUUUGUGGGGAUAUCACGUGUAUCUUGUUGGCAAAAACGGGCAUGCUGGUCAUUACGAUUGUGUCCAAAUAAACUCUAAGGUAAAUAAAAUUUAUUAUCAAUCUUCUUACAGAGAAAGGUCAAGUGACUCUUGAGUUUAAUCGUGGACGGUCUUCUAGGCAUGUUUAAAUACGAAUACCUCUUAGCCUUUUCGGUAACUGUCUGGCUAACCCCGACGUUUCUUCUCUUUCAAGAAUAAACGUCGUCGCCAAUGAGUUGCCUGCUUUUUGUUUUUUGCGUCUUCAUUUUUUAUGACCUGUUUUCUUUUGAGGUGUAUGAAAAAUAAGUUUUAAACCAACUGCCAAACUAAAGCAUAUGAUACAAUUGGCAUUUGCAGGCUUAAAUACACAUGUUGAAAAGUUUUUAACAUCAGUCUGAUUGUAUACUGUCAGAACUGUGAACUCAGACGGCAGUAUUUGAACCUUUGAAAUUCUAAGACGCAUGCUUCUAGUUGGAUUUAUACCCAAUAUCUUUGGAUCAUGUGCAUUAAAGAUACCGAUGGAUCUUUGUUAGAUGGGAUCUAGCAGUUCUUUUGAUGCACCCUUUGCACCAUGAUCCGAGCGAUCUUGCAUCGUAAAUCCUGAUACAGAUCAUCCCCAAGGAACGCACCUUUAGAGACGGGAGAUGUUAGUCAACUUGGAAUGCAAUCAGCAUCCAUCGUCCGUCUUUAUGGCACCUCGUCGGUUUUUCGUAUCGUCCGACGACGGCUGACAAUUGGCUGUUUUUAUACCAGAGGACGUAUUAUCCGUCAAGAUGGAUAAUGCAUCUAUGGUCGUUUUUAUACUAGGGACGCAUUAUCCGCCUGGACGAACUUUAGUUCGUCUGGUUAUGCGUCUCAAGUAUAAAGACCGGCACAAGACGCAUUAUGCGUCUGGACGAACUUUCCUUCGAAAUACGUCUUGAACGACGCACUACGAAAGGUAGUUUGUCUGGACGCAUAAUGCGUCUUGUACCCGUCUUUGGAGACGCAUAACCAGACGAACUACAAAAUGUUUGCCCAAGUUCGUGCAGACGGAUAAUGCGUCAUUAGUAUAAAAAAGCCCAUAAUUAUUGUCAUUCUGGGGUCAGGGACUCUCGAAUUUGGUGCCUACUAAUAACAAACCUUUUCUACACUGGGUGAUCGAUUGCGUGUCGGUGUUCCUCCAAAAAAUCAUUCUCCACAAAGUAGUCGGAUUCAACAAUGAGGGAGGAGAAAGGGAAAGAGUCACAGCUUUCGUUGAGUUUUUCAACAAAAUUUGAGAGAGGUGAUUCAAACUAUUCGAGGCAGCUUAACAGUUACAGGUCAAAUGGUGUCAUGUAAUUGAGAAAAAUAAGUAAGUAUCAGGGGCACCCAACGGCAAUUUUCGGGAAAAUAUCUGUUCGGGAGACGAUUUGAGAUCUAGAAUUUUCGGAGCAUUUGUUGUAAAAUUUCUUGCUUGCCUGCCUCUCCUAGGAUUUUCGAACAUCUACAAAAUGGUAUAAUUACCCAUUUUAAACGGAUAUUUACCCUAAAAAAGGCCACCUAGAAUUUUCGGGAGCCUUUUCCUGGCUGAAAUUUUCGAGAAGGUAAGUUUUUAUCCCUAUAAUUUUCGGAUCACUAGACUUUCAGCUAGGAAAUCCGAACAGAUGAAAAGUUUUUAGGGGAUAAAAAUAUGCCUAUAUCUACCGUUUGAACACUAAAAUACGUUCAACAAUGCUAUGUUAAGUGGUUUUGAACUAUAUCCUCGUUGGGUGCCCUUGAAGUAUCCACUGUAAAAGCUUUAAGAAUUGGAUAAGCCAUGAGAAUUAUGUCAGCCAGACUUUAUUCAAGUCUGUCAUUUUGUACCAGAGUGCACAGUAUCUAAUACACUCAGGAAUUAACUUUGUUUGUAUGUGGUCAUGUUUUUUUAUUAAUAGAUUUCUUCUUUUCUAAUUUAUCGGAGCUUGUAAUUAACAACACCUUGCACAAGCGACUAAGUAGGCCUGUUUAAUCGGCUACAUUUGAUAUUGCUAUUAAGACUGCAAGUUUUAGACGAUUAGGUCUUAAAACUAUCCAACCAAAUACUUCCCUGCCAGCAGAGGCUACAUUUUCGAAGUGUGAGCUGGCGCGCGAAAAGUAGCCUCUGCCGACAACCGUUCAAUUUUCUAUCGUGCAUGCGGGAAAUUCGUCACGCCACUUGCAAGCAAAAUUAAUCGUAAGGUCUGUCGUCAAAUGGCGCGAGUUUCGCGAGUACAAGUAUGGUCUGCUACACAAGACUCAUGCAAGACUCACGCAAUGCUCUAAACCGGUCAAGAACAGGAAAAAACCCAUUUUUUUUAACCUAUUCGUCCACAUUUCUGGACGGAUUUGAAUGGUUGUCGGCAGAGGCUACUUUUGCACGACAGCUCACACAGCGAAAAUGUAGCAUCUGCUCGCGGGGGUAACAAAAUACCGUAUCUAAACGACAGUAAUGCAGCAUGUUUUUGCAAAGAAGCGCAAGCCAAAAGAAAUACUACCAGAAUUUAAAAGUACUAAAUAAUAAAUCGGUAAAAACUGCAUGUCUUUGUUUGACCUCUUUAGACAAUGAUUUCUCAAACCAUAGUUAUUAGAGGAGACCGGUUAUGAAAAGCGGCAAACAUCAAUGAUAAAAACAACGGUGCUGCAGUUUAUGUUGGAAGCACCCUGAAAGUGCACAAUCCUUUGUUUUCUGUUGGCAAAUUGUUACGGAAUAAAUUAAAUUAAUUAAUAAAAUGAUAGGAAUUCUUUUGAACGUUGUGCACUUUCAGGUCCACAAAAACAUAUAACAAAGGAGUCUGACGGGUUUCAUAACCAUUCCACUCAAUUAACUAUGCUCAAACUCAUAAUAAUUUAUGAAGGAAAACAAGGAAAUCACUAUCGUAACCAGGGUCACUUGAAUAUCGGAUCUUAAUAAACAUACAAUUUUGCGAACUCUAGCUUCUAAUUUCUUCAAUUGCGUCAAAUUUCUUCAACCAACUUCUUUGUACCUGGUUAUUGGAUGAAACACUGUAUGUCUUGUUUGAUAAAUUGUUUGAAACCAGUGUUUAAGAUGUCCUGUGAUCAAUUAUGUCACUCCCAGUAUUUUUAAUUAUGUGGCAACAUCUGAUUUUAGACUGAUCAGCUUCACUGGAUAUUUAUUGAACGCAUUCGGUAUGGAGCAGCUUAUCAGGUUAUUGUGCAGAGUAUGCCAGCAUAUCAUAGAAAUGAUGGAAAUGCUGUUUCUAAGGAUGUAACAGUUCCAGGUAAUGUAGAAAAAAAUAGAAUUUUUUGGCUUCCGCUUUAUGUGGAUCAGCGACUUCUUUACUUAUAUAAAGAAAUUGUCUGGAAAAAAUACCGAAAAAUGUAUAUAUACAGACAACUCUCAAGGACAUGAAGACAUCAAUUAGUCUUUCUGGCUCAUUGUAAUGGUAAAAGACAUGAUCUUCAUAUUGCAAAAAGGUCAGUGGGAAUUAUAAUUAGUUAUUGCAGAUUGGAAAAGUGGGUUUGACUUGUCUAAGGCCCGGUUCAGACGCCGCUCCACUCAUGUGCCGAACCUAACUGUUGAAUUAAGUGCGGCAAAAGAGCGCUGUACCGACGUUUGCGGUAAAAAUCAACCUUUAUGAAGUAAUUUUUCACAUCUAAUUGGUUGGUGUAUUGAACGGCUUGGAAACUAAAAUUUAAUAGCAUUUUGUUUUGAAUGAGGGUAUGGGCAUGACUUUCAAUUGAACGUGCCUAGCGAGCGUAAAAAUCGCAUCCAAUCUGAGGAUUAAUGAAAGAGGCGAAAUUUUAUAUAUUUAGGCGUGACAAAAUUCAAGGGACUAUUGGUACUUAGAAAUAGCAUCUCAUAGGCAUGGAAAAACUGGAUUCAUUGCCUCGCAGCCCAAAGUUGACCUAACUGAACUUAGGUCCCAGAUCACUCGCCCGGCUGAUGAUUCAUUCCCAGUUUUUGCUCGUCCAGUUUGGCAUGUCGGGCAGCCGAUGGUGAAGCCAGUUGGGUUUGGCAUGCCCAGUAUGACUAAUUUUGAUGUUCGCUCCAGCACCAUAUCAUGAGAUUCACACAAUCGCCAAAUAUAUCUUAGGGGAGCUUAAAUUACGGGUUUCAUGCCUAGCAAUAAAUGUAGAUUUUAACCAAAAAAAGUUAUGUUUGUCAUAA